AUGGGAGACCCAAAAUCCACCUCCACCUCCACCGCUAUCGUCACCAUCACCGCCACCACUUCCCUCCAACCACUAUCUCCAGAUUGUUUUUCAGCUCCACCCCCACCUCCUCCACCACCACCACAAUCUUGUUCCUCCUCAUCCUCCUCUUCUCUCGUUCCCCCAUCCAAACGUAAGAAACACAAAACCAAAGUCUUUCGAGUCUUUCGAUCCGUAUUCCGAUCCUUCCCUAUCAUAACACCAGCAUGCAAGAUCCCAUCCCUCCCAUCAGGUCUAUCAGACACGUUACGAGGUCCAUCAGGGAGUCGUGUGACGGGUACGCUCUUCGGGUAUCGAAAAGGCCGCGUGAGUCUAUCAAUGCAAGAAACUCCACGAAGCUUUCCUAGCAUUGUGAUUGAGUUAGCCAUGCAAACAAACGUGUUACAAAAAGAGAUGAGCUCGGGGAUGGUUAGGAUCGCUCUUGAGUGCGAAAAGCGCGCGGAUAAAUCCGAUAAGACGAAGCUCAUGGAUGAGCCAUUGUGGACCAUGUUUUGUAAUGGUAAGAAAACUGGUUAUGGUGUUAAAAGGGAAGCCUCCGAUGAAGACCUUAAAGUAAUGGAGCUUCUUCGGCCGGUGUCAAUGGGUGCCGGAGUUUUACCGGGAAACUCUGACAUGGAGGGGCCAGAUGGUGAGCUGGCAUACAUGAGGGCCCAUUUUGAAAGGGUGGUGGGGUCGAGGGAUUCGGAGACGUUUUAUAUGUUAAGCCCGGAGGAAAAUAAUGGGCCGGAGCUUAGUAUCUUUUUUGUAAGAAUAUAAAAUAUAAUACAUAUAUUAUGGAAUGAAAAUUAAACAAA